AAAUGUUCAACCGUCGCAACGAAGGUCGGAAUCAUUUCUGCGGCGCACUGUCUGGUUGAACUUUCACCCCUGCGUUAUCUUUUGUUUUGAUGUCGCAGAGCAUUAUUUUUACACACCGAAAUUCGUUUUUUACUCUCUGUUUGCCAAUGACACAGUCCUAAAUGACGCACGGAAUAUGUUUAAAAUACGUCGAUCCAACUCUCGGUCAAAUGUAAAGCUCGUUGAAGAUCUGUUUUUAACUGAAUCAGUCGUGCUAACUCGCUGACAUUAGCUGGCCAGCAUCACCAUGGAGCUUUUUUCCACCAGAUUUGUCUAAUAUAUCGUUAAAGAACGGGCCGUCAGUCUGAACAUCCGAGCAACCGAGUCUGUUUUUAUUUUCUCUGAAGCCUUUGAAAAGCCUGUGUGGUCCCGUUUAAGAUCUUAGAAGACGACGGUGCACAUCUUUCAAUGGGCGAGGAGAAGCCAGAACCUCUGGAUUUUGUGAAGGACUUUCAGGAGUACUUGAGUCAGCAGACCCAACAUGUCAACAUGAUAUCUGGCUCUGUCAUCGGAGGGAAAGACAGUGAUGACCUCCAAGGAGAACUUGGUCAGAAUGGCCUGGAGCACCCAGCAGUGGACAUUUCCUUAGAAGAUAGUUCAGGGAUGUUGGUGGAUGGUUUUGAGAGAACAUAUGAUGGUAAACUCAAGUGCCGCUAUUGCAACUAUGCCACCAGAGGCACUGCUCGGCUUAUAGAGCACAUUCGCAUCCACACAGGUGAAAAACCCCAUAGAUGCCACCUGUGUCCUUUCGCCUCAGCGUACGAACGCCACCUGGAGGCGCAUAUGCGCUCUCACACAGGCGAGAAACCUUACAAGUGUGAGCUGUGCUCCUUCCGCUGCAGCGAUCGCAGCAACCUUUCUCAUCACCGGCGUCGCAGGCACAAACUCCUCCCCAUGAAAGGGGCCCGAUCCGCUCUCUCUCACCGAAAGAUGCUCAGUGUCCUGCAGAAGAGAGGAAACUCACUUGGCUAUGGCCGCCGGCUGCUCAUCAACCUCAGCCCACCAUCCAUGGUAUUGCAAAAACCUAAUUCAGAGCAGCACCACUUGGGUGAUUUCUCCCAUGAUCUCCCUUCUCACGCCCACCUCCAUCAGGAGGCCUAUAACGCUCUAGGAAAGGAUGCACAAGUUGGUGGAGUGAUUGGAAGUGGUUCCAGAGAGCAACAAGACAUGGCAUUGGACAACCCGCUGAACCAGCUUUCGACUUUGGCCGGUCAGCUUGCCAGCAUCCCGCCGGAAGCUCAAGGUGCACCGGUAUCUCCUGGAGCAGAAUCUCUACCUGAUGAAAAACCCACGUUCCUCGUCCAACAGCCUGUGACAGCACCUGCGGCCGUCUCUGUCAGCGCGGCUCAAGCUUCUUCUCCCAUCACCCCCGAGCCCCGACCGGCUGCACACAGCGGCUGUAGUCCAGGAAUUGGACCCUGCAGUGAGAGAACCAGCACUCCGAGUGGUACCAACAGCCAGCCAGGGACACCCACCACAGUACAAGACCCCCAGAUGCUCCACCACUGCCCCCACUGUCACAUAUAUUUCCCUGACAACAUCCUUUACACCAUCCACAUGGGCUGCCAUGGUUAUGAGAACCCUUUCCAGUGUAACAUAUGCGGACACAGGUGCAGAAACAGCUAUGAUUUUGCCUGUCACUUUGCGAGAGGCCAGCACAAAUAAGGACAGGUGGCUGAUGCUGGCCUCUACUUUGCCCUGUUUUACAUAAUACAAUUCUAGUAUCUGGAACAUUCCAAAGACAAAAUCCCUGCUUUGUAAUUACUGUAUUUGAACUGUUAUCGGUAUGUUAUGUUGAAGUCAGUAAUCCAGUUUCAGAGUGUAGAUUUUUUGGUCUUUGUAAAGGUUACUAAACACUCUUGUAUAAGUGCCAGAGUUCAGUAAUCAGUGCCUACGGUUAUUUUCUGAAAGUUUACAUUCAAAUUUUGUAUUAUUUUUAUCUUUUACAUUUCAAUUUCAGUGAUGGUAAAUUUAACGAGUAAAUGUUAUGGCUAUUCUUACACUUUGGAUUUAAAUGUAAUAUAUAAUAACAUUGCCACAUUUAAUUUUUUCUUCUUUUAAUUUAAAAUGAUCACAAAUUAUUACUUGUUUCUUGGUUGAGAGUGCUGCAUUAUUUAAACUUAACUUAAGUCAGCAAGAUUGUGAAUAAAGAUAAACAUUUUCUAGCACAGGUAAGUUGACUGUUUAGCAGUGAGAAAUAGUGUCCUGUAGGAUUGUUGUCCAAAUUCACUGUAGUGGCCUGAGGUCUUUUCUUUAGUGAGCACCAUCGCACAUGGCUGUAUACACUGGGGUUGUAAAGCAGUGUUGAUGAUUGUGUUCUGGGCAGUGUGAGCACACUGUUCUCUCUCUUUCAUUUUCUCUCCCUCCUCACUACCACCAGUGCCAUGCUGUGUAAUGUUUUCGGAAGCGUCUGUGGUGCUACUAUUUAAACAUUUCAUAUGCCUGUCUGCAUAAUGAACUCAAUUAUUAGAUAAUUAUUGUAUAACAUGUUUUUUUGGUGGAUUUGAUGUUGAAUGUCAAUAAAACCUGACUUAUGCGAUGUAUACUGAAAUUACA